AUGCAGAUGUCCAAAGUAGUGACGAUCCGAGACGCGCAGAUGGAGGAGAAGGCGCUGAUGCAGGCAGAGAGGGAAGAGGAGGAGAAGCAGCUGGACGCGAUGAUGGAGAUCGACAGGGUGAAAGCCCUCAGGAUGUACGAGUUGCGCGAGAGGGAGCGCCUGGAGCAGCAGCGAACCGGCUCCAAGGUGAUCGUUGAGCAAAUCAGAGACCGACAGGCGCAGCGGUUGCACGAGGAGGAGGAGAGAGACAAGGAGCGCGCCUGUGUCCUGCAGCAGAUCCAGGCGCUGAAGGAGGAGGAGGCCGAGCACUACCGGCAGAAGCAGGAGGCGGCGAAGCGCCUCGUGGCCGAGGUGAACGCCGUGAACGCCGCGGCGACGAAGAUCAAGGAGGACAGGAUGCUCGCGGACCGGCUGGAGGAGGAGAAGAUCGUGCAGUACAAUCUGGACAGGGAGCGCCGCGAGAGGGAGGAGGAGGAGAGGAAGCGGGAGGCCGCGGCGGCCAAGGAGAGGGAGACGGCGCGGCUGCGCGGGCUGCAGGAGAAGGCGCAGGACAAGGCGUCCGAGCUGGACUCCCUGCAGGCCAAGCGGGCCGCGUUCGCGGCGGAGAGGGUCGCCCGCGAGAGGGAGAGGAAGGAGCGGGAGCGCUUGGACGGCAUCCAGAAAGAGCUCCAGCAGGCGCGCCUGUCGCAGCUCGCGGAGAAGGAGGCCAGGAUGGGAGAGCAGGCGAAGGCUGAGCGGGACGAGUUCGAGCGCGUCGCGGAGGCGCAGAUCAAGCAGGAUGCGGCGGAGAGUGAGCGCCAAGCGAUGCAGAAGGCUCUGCGCGACAAGCACGCGAGGGAGCUACGAAGCCAGAUUGAGACCAGAGAGGAGAAGGCCUACCAGGACCGGCGCGACUUCCUGGAGCAGGGCAACUGCAUGCGGGCCCAGGCCGUGGCCGAGGGCGCCAGGCUGGAGAACCUGAAGGUCAGCAAGAUCGAGGAGAUGCUGAAGAUGGGCGUCCCCGAGAAAUACAUGGCCAAGGUCAGGGGAAAGCGGACGACCGCGUGA